UAUGUUUAGAGUGGAAAAAGUCAUCUGAAACUCUGGAAACGCGCAAAGUUUAGUCCUGUUAACUCCUGCAACAGAAUUGAAGGCUACCAGAAAUUUCACCUUGAUAAGGUCGCUCAAGGUUACCCGUUCAAUUGAACCACGUUUUUCUGCGGCUUACAUGAUUGUUGUCCAUGAGGAAGAAAGACUAAAAGCGAGCAACAAGAGAUUGUGGUCUGUCAGUUGGAACUACAAAGGGUCAUUAUUAGCUUCAUGUGGAGAAGACAGAAUAAUUAGACUGUGGGUUAAAAGUCAAGACAAUUUGUGGGGACCAUCUUUCUCGCUUCCUGAGGCCCACAAAAGAUCUAUCAGAUGUAUAACCUGGUCACCUUGUGGUUCCUAUGUAGCUUCUGCAAGUUUUGAUGGUUCGGUUGCAAUUUGGAAGAUACCUAAGGAGGUUUCAGAAUUGGAGAUGGAGGCAUUGGUGACUUUAGAAGGACAUACGAGCGAGGUUAAAUGCGUUGCUUGGUCCCCUUCUGGUCAUCUUUUAGCCACCUGUGGUCGAGAUAAAAGUGUAUGGCUGUGGGAAUUUGAUGAUGAAGAAGACGUGCAGUGCGUUAGUGUGCUACAACCCCAUUCUCAAGAUGUAAAAUCAGUAGCGUGGCAUCCGCAUGGUGAGGUUUUAGUCUCUACAAGUUACGAUAACAAAAUAAGUGUUUACAGAGAAGAAAUUGAUGAUUGGACUGUUUUUGUACAGUUGACUGGACACAGUUCAACUGUAUGGAAAGCAGAGUUUUCACCGUCAGGAGAUAUUCUAGCGAGUUGUAGUGAUGAUCGAUGUGUCAAACUUUGGUCGUGGGAUGGUGUUUGUAGCAAAUCAUCCUCAUGGAUAUGUAUUGCUACAGUGACUGGAUACCAUACACGUACAAUUUUCGACUUAAACUGGUCACCUGAUGGACAACUUCUGGCUAGUUGUGGUGCUGAUAAUAGAUUAUGUAUAUAUAAAAUGCCACUGAAUGGUUUGACUCAUAAUGCUGGUAAACCAUGCUUAUCAGAACCACCUGUUCUUUGGGGUCAUGUUCCAAAUGCACAUUCAGAAGAUGUAAACUGUGUGCGCUGGCAACCUCAUUAUCAUACUGGUGAUAAUAACCAUAAGGAAGAAGAUGUAUUAGACUCUCAUCUAAUGCUUACAACAGCUUCUGAUGAUGGAUGUAUUAAGUUUUGGUCUAUUAAACACGAGAUGUAACUCUCCUUUUUUCUGUACAUAUCACGAAAAUGCAGCCAUGUGAUUUUUAUAUUUAUAUGCACAGCUUAUUUGAUCAACACAUCUAUUUUGAAUUCGAAAAUUAUGCCUAAUCCUAAAUUUCAAGUUAGGUCACGGAUUGAUAUCAAUUAGAGGACUACUAAAAGUCGAGAAAUACUCAACAACUGUUUCAACCUAGUUUAAGUCGCACUUGUGACCCUACUGGGGAUCGAAACUAGAACCUUGGGAUUACGAUGCAAUCCCGAUGACAAUUCAAUCACUUUGACGGAACCCAAGGACGGAUGGAGAACUCGAAACUAGGACGAAACAGUUUUCCAGUACUUCCUGGUUCUCAGUGUUAAUUCGUUAUCUUAUUUUUAAAUUCAUCAAUUCCCUACAAACCAUAACUUGAGAAUUUAUCAAGAGUUGUUUUCUUUUGUCAGAUUUGAUUGCUGUAAUAUAUUUUGUAUUCGAGAAUAAUAAUAGUAAUCAAGUGUUUUAAAUAUACAUCCUGCAAUAUUGUAUUUUACUUGGAG